GUCAGAUUCCUUGUGUUAACUUAGUGCUGUUAUAGCAUUAGUUUGCUAUAAGCAAAGAAUCAGUACUUCUAUUUUUGUGCUUUUCUUUUCCUUUUUAAUAUUAAAUGAUUAUUCACUGUGGUUAGCUUUUAUUAUUCUGUCUAUAUUUGUAACCAGAAUCAGGAAGGGAUAGGUCCCUUGCGAAAAACAUGGAUCACGACCCUAUUAUAUGAAAUGAUUUAUUUAAGUGUUUUCGUAAUUAGUAAAGGUUUUUGGAGAGUCGGUAACUUAGCAGUACCUACACGAAGUAUAAUAUCACUAUGAAAUGCACAGUUCUUUGUUGAUCUAUAUAUGACCCCAUAUGUUUAUGCUAAGAUCAGUCUAUUAUCACAAGUCUUAACAAAUAAUUCAUUUCUUGAGCUCGAGCUUUUCAAUGGCAAACUAUGACCACAUACUCAAGUGUCUUCCAAUCUACAAAGCAGCAAUAGAAGGCGACUGGGAAACUGCAGAGCGCUUCUUUAAAGAAGACAAGAGAAACUUAAACGCGCGCAUCACAUACGAGACAGACACUACUCUGCACGUAGCUGUGGGCACAAAUAGUUCUCACAGAUUUGUGGAAGAAUUAGUGGAGCUGAUCAUGGAUGAAGAUCCUCAGAUGCUGCUGACUGCUAACUGUUAUGGAAAUAAUGUGCUGCACUAUGCUGCUAUGGUAGGGAACACGCGAGCUGCAAGGCUUUUGAUCAAUAAGUACCCGGAAUUGGCCCAGAUCUCUAAACCGAAUGGGCACACCCCCUUGAAGUUGGCAGCGCGGUAUGGACAUAAAGAGACCUUAUGUUAUUUGUUGCAGGUGACAAAUGAUGUGGUUGGAGAGGACGGAACUAGUCCUUACCGCGGACACGAUGGUGCUGAUCUUCUUACUCUUGCAAUUAUAGCUGAUUACUAUGAUGUGGCUCUGUAUUUGGUGGAUAAGUACCCAGACUUGGUGACAGAGAAAAAUAUCAAAUCGCAGACAGGGUUUCAGAUACUAGCUGCAAAACCUAAUGCUUUUCCAAGUGGAAUGAGAAUCGGAUUUUGGCAACGAAUCAUCUAUUCAUGGAUUCCUGUGAAUCGAGAGAAAGCAUUAGAGUCCCCUGUUACUAGACUGUCGCGGAUGGUAACAACUCAAAACCGAUAUAAAGCUGGCUAUGGUUUGCAUGUUCCCUUUUGGAGUGUACUCCACUACUUAGCACCGCGGAUCAAGUACAUGCAUGACUGCAAAGUAAUGCAUAUACUGACAGAAGAACUUGUAAAACAUAUGUGCUCAACUGUUUUAAAGAAGGGCAAUCAUGCCAUAGCAUGGGAUGUAUUGGGAACAACACUAAGGACAGCAGUGACACAUGGAAUUUAUGAGCUUAUAGAAGAGUGCAUUCAUCAAUAUCCAGGCCUCGUCUGGUACAAGAUGGGAGAAUUCUUCCUGGUCCUGGUUGCAAUUAGGCAACGGCAGGAGAAAGUGUACAACCUUGUAUAUCAAAUGUCAGGGCAUAAGGUUUACACAGCUAUAGCUUGGGAAGAGUACGCCAAUAAUGAUACUGCAUUGCAUUUGGCCGCCAGGUUAGCACCUCGACAUCGCCUCAAUACGGUCACUGGUGCAGCUCUGCAAAUGCAACGUGAGCUUCAGUGGUUCAAGGAAGUUGAAAAUUUUGUGCAACCUUCAUACAAAGAAGCCUUGAACGAUGAAAACAAUACGCCAAGAAUGGUAUUCUCUAUUGAACACAAGGAGCUACUCAACGAAGCACAACAAUGGAUGAAGGACACAUCAUCCUCAGCCACUGUGGUCGCAGCUCUUAUUGUUACCAUGGCCUUUGCAGCCAUAUUUACAGCACCAGGAGGAAACAACGACAAUGGGAAACCCCUGUUCUUAACCGACGCAACCUUUAUACUCUUUGCCAUAUCAGAUGCUGUAGCAUUAUUCUCCUCAUCAACCUCUGUAUUAAUGUUCUUAUCUGUACUCAGUUCGCGUUUUGCAGAAGAUGAUUUUCUGUAUGCUUUACCAAAGAGAUUGACGCUGGGACUAAUCUCAUUGUUCGUAUCACUAGCAGCUACCAUGGUUGCAUUCAGUGCAACACUCUCACUUGUGCUACACGAUGAAAUACAGUGGAUUGCUGCUCCGGUUAUAAUGAUGGCUAGCGUUCCGGUAACAUUGUUUUUGUUGUUGCAGUAUCCUCUGCUUGUAGAACUGGUUCGCUCUACAUAUGGCAGAGGCAUUUUCUACAAGCAAAACAAUUUGUUGCUUCAUUAAUUUUGUAAAAAAUAAUUGUUAUUAGUACUUUCUCUCAUGGCAAGUUAGGUUAAGAAUCUGUAGUUGUUUUCAUUCAUCAAUAAUAUAAUCUAUUCGCUGCUUGAGGGUUGAAAGUGUUC